AUGUCGUCGCCAAAUGGUGGAAUGACUAUUGAGGAUAUAUGGGCUACUACAUCAUCGACUGUGGUGGCGGCAUGGUCAAAAACUACGAGACGGAUGCGAGUUGUUGGUGGUGUGUUUCUAUUUUUCAUUCUCUCCAUUCUACUUUUCAGACCCUCAAUUCCAGAACGCCCAUCACUGCCCAAAAUCCCAAAGGUCAGCCUCGACUAUGGCGCCCCAACUCCCUCUCAAUUUAAUGCCUCCAAAGUAGCGCUUCUGAUCGAAAACCGCGUCAAUCCAAUUCUCUCACCCCUCAUCCUACACUUCAUGUCCGUCGUACCACCCGACUGGCGUUUCCGUUUCAUGGGCAGUCUCGAAUCUGUCGCACAUGUGAAUACAAGCCGCGCCAUUCGUCAGCAUGUUGCAUCAGGAAAACUCGACCUAACAUACAUUCCCGCUAACAUGACCACAGGGUCACAGGAAGAAAUUAGCAGAUUUCUGACGAAUCUAUGGAUUUACGAAACAGUUCUACAACCUGCCGAAUGGUUACUGGUUUUUCAGACGGAUAGCAUGCUUUGUGCGAAUAGUAGGCAAAGUCUUAACAACUGGUUGGAUUACGAUUGGGUGGGAGCACCAUGGAAUCCUAAUGGGAGAUUUGGGGGAAAUGGAGGUUUGAGUUUAAGACGCGUAAGCGCCAUUAUCGAUGUCCUCCGCCACCAAGUACGAGUAGAUGGUUCAGAGGCAGAAGAUGUAUGGCUUACUGACCGGCUGGGACAUCGACCUGGGGCCAAACUUGCAAAUGGGACAACCUCACUUACAUUUUCGGGAGAGAUGCAUAGUGGAAAAGGCGAGCAAGUUGCCGCCGAGAAAAAGAAGGGAAAAGGAAAAGACGGAACGAAAGCUGGGGGUUUGAUUAAGGGGGUUGAUGAUUGGAGGGAUGGGUUUUAUGAACCUAUGGGCUAUCAUACUGGUGGGAGUGGAGUAACACUACAUUCUGGAAUUUGGGGAACGCCUGAAAAGAGGAAGCAUAUUUGGGAUUAUUGUCCUGAAGUCAAGAUGACGCUUAAAAUGGAUGCAGCAAAAUACGUCCCAGGAGAUUGUAAAUCGAAUUGGAAACGAUGGGAUAUGGGUCAAGAGGGUGUUGAUCGAGUGGAUGAGAAUGUGGAAGUCAUUGAUGGGGUCGAAUAUCCUUUAUUACCUGCUGGUUUAGUACCGUGGUAA